UUCGUGCGUACACACAGCACCACCAGUCGGGAAAAUUACGCUGUGGCAAGUGGUUCUGCGGCGCACGAUUAUGGUGGGACAGCGAAAGUUUCAGCUGAGUGAGGUGGCCGCCCUCCAGCGGGACCAUGUGAAGAUACGCGAUCCGGCCCGCGUCGAGCUGAUGCUGAACGAGCUGGUAGUGGGCGGCACAGAGAAGCUGCAGGUGGUGACCGAUUUCGAUUACACAAUCACCAAGCAGCGUCUCAGCAAUGGUGAGAAAGUGCUGACCAGCUUUGGCAUGUUCAACGAGUGCAAAUCGAUCCCGCAGGAUGUGAUACUGGAGCAGCGCAAUCUGUACCACAAGUACCGACCGAUCGAGAUCGAUCCGCACAUGGAGCACGAGGAGAAAGUCGGCUACAUGAUCGAGUGGUGGGCCAAAACGGGCGAUUUGCUGAAAGGCUUCAAGCUACCCCAGGAAGACAUCGACGAGGUGGCCAAACGGUACAAAGAUGGACUGCGCGAUGGAACGCACGACAUGUUUAAGGAGCUGUACGAGCUGAACGUACCUUGUCUCGUCUUUUCGGCCGGUCUCGGCAACUGUGUAUCGUCGGUGCUGAAGCACGCCAACGUCAUGUACCCCAAUGUAAAGUUAGUGUCUAAUUUCCUGCAAUUCAGCGAGAAUGGGCUGCUAAACGGUUUGCAGGACCCAAUGAUUCACACAUUCAACAAGAACGAAACCGUCCUCGACGGUACCGAGUACUACGAUAUCGUACACUCGCGGGACCACGUCAUAGUGAUGGGUGAUUCGCUUGGAGAUGCCGGUAUGGCUAGCGGUGUGCCAUCAUCGUCACACAUCCUCAAGAUAGGAUUUCUUUUCGAUCAUCCGGAACUUAAUCUACCUCGAUACAUGGAUGCGUUCGACAUUGUGCUGGUGGACGAUCAAACGAUGGACAUCCCGAGAGCCAUUGUCGACAUGGUGAGGAAGCAAUCGCACGAGUAGUGAGCGCGUGUUUGUUGCUGCAGAGCAGCGAAAAAGCACGAAAUUGCAUUCGAAUGGUUGCAUAGUUUCGAUGUUU